CCCAAAAAGGUGCUCUAGCGUUAACCUUUUCUGCACCAUUGUUGAUAAACAUUAGAAAUUUCCAAUAAGUGAGCAACGUCACUGGGUUUUUCAUGGUUUACGGCGGUGAAAAUUGUGGAAAAUUGGUGGAAAUGUGAUGUUGUAAUUGAAUUUUUCCGGAGGUUUCAGUGAAUCUAGUUUGUGCCAAGAGUGGUUUUGUGUGUGGGAGGGUUUCAAUGCAGCCCAAGGAGUUCUGCAGGGUGGUGUUGGAUGGUAAUUCUGUUAUGACUCACACUUCACCUCAAUUUCUCCGUUUUUAGAAAGUGACGAACAAUUCAGGAGAAAUGGCUGAAAAUUGUGUGAAUAGCCUUUAAUUGAACAAGAGUUGGUGAAAUGUGACAUUUAAAAAACCAGUGUUUUAAAUGUGAGCAUUCAGACUGACUGAGGGACGCCUUCAGUGAAAUUUAGUCAGCGUUGGAUUACUUUCUUGUUCGAAGGACUUUGCAUCAUAAUCAAUCAAAAUGCAUUCAAUGGGCCUCCAUUCAGCGCUCGCUAUCAAGCGACAGCGCAAACGUCGCGAGGAGCAAAAACGCGCGCGCGACCGACGAUUCAGUUCGCAGUCGACCGAGAGCGGACUCGGCGAGUCGCGCUCAUCAUGUGCCAGCCCACGGAACAGUAUCGGCAGCUUGGAUCAUCGGCCACUCAAGUCACGGAGAAUCAACCGGAGACGCCAUCAGCAUGUCGUUCCCCAGGAUAAGGUUGUGUCCAGUAUUGGGAUGUUGCAUGUCGGGGUGGUGUUCCUAGUUUUGGGGAGUUUUUUGGUGGGUUCGGGGUUGAUCCCUGAGGAUAAAAACGAGUGGGGCAAACCCCCGAAAGGGACUUGGUUCAAUGAGUUGGUGAUUGCGGGGGUGACAGCGUUGGCAAUUGGUGUGUUUUUGAUAAUCUUGAACAAGAUUAUCGCGCAGAAGGAAGAGGAGGAUUUGACGGAGUAUGUCUCCCGUCAGCUCACCCGCUCCAAAUCCGGUCAUCGGUUAGUACGCGACGUGGAAACCGGUUGUAUGACAACCAAACGGGAAGCUAGUCCCCGGAAGGAAGUGGCGGAGCCUUUCGACGCCUUCAAGCCGGAAAUGGAAGGGCUGACACCUGUGCACUUCAGUCCUACUUUGCGAUCCCCUCCUCCCCUAUCCGCUUCCACGCCGCGCUCAGAUCUGGAGCGGAUUCUGGAGGAGGAGUUCUCGGAGAAGGGAGAGGAGGAGUGCAGAGCGAUGGAUAGGUUCAACAAGGAGACGCUUUCGGAUGGGACGCCUGGAUCGGAUACACGGGAACUACUUUCGACUAGGUAUUACAAUCGGAUGGAUAUGUAGGUGAGAUGAUAGACGAUUUGUAAUUUAAUUAUACUUAAAUUAAAGGUGGUACA